ACGCAGAGGAAUAGUAUUGAUGUGACGUCGUCCAUUGCAUUUAGAUAUUCUUUGUAGAUGCAACACCUUUGAAGAAAUCAAACAUUAUGCACACCCACCUGUGAUUCUAUUAGUAGUAGAAAGCUCCAGGAAGUCUGAUAUAAUUUCCAUGGAAAGAAUGACUUCUCGAAGUUGUUUUCUCACUCUUCGUGAAAUUUAUAAUCUUUUUUGUUAGCUGUUUUCUUAUGUACAGAUGGCUCUUAAUGCAAAACUAGCUCUGCUUCUGACUCUUUUCCUUAGUGUUGCUAGCAAUGGAUACAGUUCUUUGCAAGAGAACAACGCAAGUGAUGAUGAGCUUGGUGGCAGAUUAACCCUGGUACCCAGCAAAGAGCUCUGGACGAAGUUCGAUUCUUCAUUCAAAAGUGGGUUUGUAAUAGGUUAUGUAUUUUCUGCAGUUUCCAUUUUAACUAUUUUCCUGUCCUAUUGUGUGCCUUGGGCUCGUCUCAACAAGAGGAAAAGGAACAAGGUGAUGAUGAAGACACCAAUGACGACAUCUUUGAUGGAAAGGCAGGAGAAGAAGAGAAAAGAAGCCGACAUCCAGAUUUCGACGUUUGAUCAGAUGUUGAUCGCAAGAAUCAGUUUUGCUGAACUACAGAAAGCAACCAACAGUUUCGACAGAGGCAAAGUCAUCGGAGUUGGAAAGACGGGGACAGUAUAUAAGGCAGCACACCCUCAUCUUCGUUUCACUGCCGUGAAGAGAUUAUUUGACUUCCAACAUUUGGAAAAGCAAUUCUUGUCUGAGUUAAUGAUUCUGGGCAAGUUUAGUCAUAAGAACAUAGUUCCACUCUUGGGAUUCUGCGUGAAGUCGAGGGAAAGGCUUUUGGUGUACCAAUAUAUGCAAAUGGGAAUCUCUACGAUUGGUUACAUCCUGUGAAAGGCGAGCCUAAGAUCAUGGAGUGGCAUUUAAUUUAGGGUUAACGUCGCAGUUGGGAUGGCAAGAGGUUUGGCAUGGCUCCACAAUCAUAAUACCCUCCAACUAGCUCAUCUUAACUUAAGCUCAAGUUGCAUCUUGCUUGACAAAAACUUCGAACCAAGGAUAUCCAAUUUUGGAAGGGCAAUGCACGUCAUGACCUCAAAUGCCAGAAUCUUCAUGGCAAACAUUGAGAUGAGUGAAUGGGAUCUGACCAAAAGAGAUGUCCAUCAGCUUGGUGUUCUUCUUCUUGAGCUGAUCACAGGAGAAGAUCCUCUUAAUAACAGUGGAUUUUAUCACAGUCUAGAAGGUAAGUUAGUGCAAAACAAUUGUCUAUUGAGUACUGUCUCGGCUGCACUGUAUUGUGCGGUUGACAAAUCUCUGCUCGGUCAAGGAUUCGAUCGUGAAGUCCUUUAUUUUCUGAAGGUUGCCUGUAACUGUAUUCAGCCUCUUCCAAAUCGAAGGCCAACAAUGGUUGAAGUAUACAAAAUGUUGAUGGCCAUCAGGAACACACAUCCCGACAUCUUGGGCUAAAACUAAUAUAUAAAUGAAAUUGCCGAAUUACAUUGCUAAUUGUAAACAUGUUUAUGUACAGGAUAGAUUUAAAAAUAUCAUAGAUUUUCUCUAAUUUCUCUGCAA